GGUCGCUCCAAGAUGGCGGGCGUGCCGGCCGUGCGCAUCAGCAUCGAGUCGGCGUGCGAGAAGCAGGUGCAGGAGGUGGGGCUGGAUGGCAGCGAGACCUACCUCCAGCCGCUCUCCAUGUCCCAGAACCUGGCGCGCCUGGCGCAGCGCAUCGACUUCAGUCAGGGCUCCGGCUCGGAGGAGGACGAGCCGGGCUCGGCGGGCCGGCCCUGGGCCGAGGCGGGCGAGACGGAGGAUGAGGAAGGGUUGGUAAAGUUCCAGCCAUCCCUCUGGCCUUGGGAUUCAGUGAGGAACAACUUAAGAAGUGCCUUGACUGAGAUGUGUGUGUUGUAUGACGUUCUUAGCAUUGUGAAGGAUAAGAAGUUCAUGACUCUAGAUCCAGUCGGGCAGGAUCCCCUUCCUCCAAAACAAAAUCCUCAGUUUCUACAGCUGAUUUCAAAAAAGAAGUCAUUAGCUGGAGCAGCUCAGAUCCUGUUGAAAGGUGCAGAAAGAUUAUCCAAAUCAGUUGCUGAAAAUCAGGAAAAUAAGCGACAAAGAGACUUCAACUCUGAACUGCUAAGACUGAGACAACACUGGAAGCUGAGAAAAGUGGGAGAUAAAAUUCUUGGUGAUCUGAGCUACAGAAGUGCAGGCUCCCUUUUUCUUCAUCAUGGCACAUUUGAGGUGAUAAAGAACACUGACAUUGACCUGGAUAAAAAAAUACCUGACGAUUACUGCCCUUUGGAUGUUCAAAUUCCAAGUGAUUUAGAGGGAUCAGCAUACAUCAAGGUCUCUAUUCAAAAACAAGCACCAGACAUUGGUGACCUCGGGACAGUCAAUCUCUUUAAAAGACCCUUGCCAAAAUCAAAACCAGGUUCUGCACACUGGCAGACAAAGUUGGAGACUGCACAGAAUGUUCUUCUAUGUAAAGAAAUUUUUGCCCAGCUGUCACGAGAAGCUGUUCAAAUUAAAUCACAGAUUCCUCACAUUGUAGUGAAAAAUCAGAUAAUUUCCCAGCCUUUCCCAGGUUUGCAGCUGUCUAUUUCUCUGUGUCACUCUUCCAAUGAUAAAAAGUCACAAAAGGCUGCUUCUGAAAAACAGAAUCCAGAGGAUCAUCUCUAUGUUCUGGAACAUAAUUUGCAUCAACUUAUCAGAGAGUGUCACAAGCAAACCCUGAGCUCGACAGUGAUGCCACAUCCAGCUAGUGCACCUUUUGGCCAUAAGAGGAUGAGACUUGCAGGGCCCCAGGCUUUUGAUAAAAAUGAAAUCAGUUCUUUACAGUCGAAUGAAGGACUUCUGGAAAAGAUCAUAAAACAGGCAAAGCAUAUAUUUUUGAGACGAAGAACUGCUCGAACCAUUGACAGUCUGGCGAGUCGGAUUGAGGAUCCUCAGAUUCAGGCUCACUGGUCCAAUAUCAAUGAUGUUUAUGAAUCCAGUGUUAAAGUUCUAAUAACUUCUCAAGGAUAUGAGCAGAUAUGCAAAUCCAUUCAACUACAGCUGAACAUUGGAGUUGAACAAAUCAGAGUUGUGCAUAGAGAUGGAAGAGUUAUUACAUUGUCUCAUCAAGAGCAAGAACUGCAGGAUUUCCUUUUAUCUCAGAUGUCACAGCACCAAGUACAUGCAGUUCAGCAGCUUGCAAAAGUUAUGGGCUGGCAUGUGCUGAGUUUCAGUAACCACGUUGGUCUGGGGCCAGUGGAGAGCAUUGGCAAUGCAUCAGCAAUAACUGUAGCAUCACCAAAUGGAGACUAUGCCAUUUCAGUCCGUAACGGCCCGGAAAGCGGCAGCAAAGUCAUGGUUCAGUUCCCACGGAGCCAGUGCAAGGAUCUCCCCAAGGGCGACGUCCUGCAGGACAGCAAGUGGAAUCAUCUCCGGGGGCCGUUCAAGGAGGUGCAGUGGAACAAAAUGGAAGGGCGGAACUUUGUGUAUAAGAUGGAACUCCUCAUGGCUGCCCUAACUCCUUGCUAGUGAAGCAUCAGCCUCUCUCUGAGGGCUUUGAGGUGUCUCUGUGCAAUGAUAACUGCCAGUGCAGCAAAGGGAAAUGGGAGCUAUGGGCCAAUACAAGGAAGCAAAAUCAAAUUUAUUUCCUGUACAGAAAUAACCAUUUUGGUAUUUGUAAUAAAACCUUUUCUGGUGGCAUAUAAAAUACAUACCAUUUUUUGUAAAAGUUCCUUUCAGCUGUAUCUUUU